AUCAUUCCAACUCACAAAUAGCCUGAAGCACGCACAGACACUCACACAUUGUGGGACAUAAAUGCUCACAGAAACCCCACCUGUUGGAUCACCAUUUUGGAAAGUUUACUGCGUAAAGGACCAAAACGAGAGGCAGCAAAGUAAACUAAGGAGACUGACGGUCCCUUGAGUUCUACGAGUGCCCUACUGCCCUCAGCUGCUGGAUGCUCCACAGUGCACCAUGGCCCAGUAUGACCAACUAGAUGACAAGGAUUCUCUGGACAUCCAUGAUAACCCACCCAUCCCAGAAAAUGUUGUGAAAGAGGAGGGAAACACGGUGUACUUCAUCUAUGAUGAGGAAGUGGAGGAGGAAGAGAAAGAAGAACCACCUCCGUCAGAGCCCGUGAAGCCGGUGAAUGACAAGCCCCACAAGUUCAAGGAUCAUUACUGCAAGAAGCCCAAGUUCUGUGAUGUUUGUGCACGUAUGAUUGUCCUCAACAACAAGUUUGCUCUGAGGUGCAAAAACUGCAAGACCAAUAUUCACCACCAGUGUCAGUCCUAUGUGGAAUUUCAGCGAUGCUUUGGCAAAAUUCCUCCUGGCUUCCGGCGAGCUUACAGCUCUCCCCUGUACAGCAGCCAGCAGAAUGCCACAGUCAAGGAGCUACUGCCCUUCUCCCAGUCCAACCGCACUGACCCAGUGUAUGAAACGCUGCGCGUUGGAGUCAUCAUGGCAAACAAGGAGCGCAAGAAGGGGUCUGAGGACAAGAAGAACAUGAUGAUGAUGAUGAUGGAAGAGGAGGAAGCUCAGCAGCCAAAGGCAGAGGAGGGAGGAGCUGAGGGUGCAAACCCAGAAGGUGACAAGAAGGGAGACAAAUCAGCAGCUGAUGACAAGAACAAGAAGCCGCAACCUGGGAAGCUGGGCGUCUUCUCCCAGUCACACUACUAUCUGGCUCUGUACCGCUUCAAAGCCAUUGAGAAAGACGACCUGGACCUGCAUCCCGGGGAUCGGGUCACGGUGAUCGAUGACUCCAACGAGGAGUGGUGGAGGGGAAAGAUUGGGGAGAAGACCGGCUUUCUCCCUGCCAACUACAUCAUUCGGGUGCGAGCUGGUGAGAUGGUCUACAAGGUGACGAGGUCCUUCGUAGGCAACAGGGAGAUGGGACAGAUUACAUUAAAGAAAGACCAGAUUGUAGUGAAAAAGGGAGAGGAGGUGAAUGGUUACCUGAAGGUCAGCACUGGACGCAAACUGGGCUUCUUCCCUGCAGACCUUCUGCAGGAGAUCUGAUUGCCAAAGUUCUACUGGAUCAGAAGCAAACCUGCUGAACAGGCUUCAAGGUCCUCUAUGCAACAUAUCCACCAAUGAGUUCUGAACUUUUAAUCAUUAGUCAGCUUUUAGACAAUAUACAUUUACUGCGUUUGCCCAAAAUCUCUGUCCACUUAGUUCAUCAAAAGAAAGCUCAAAAUGAAUCUUUUAAAGAUCAAUAAGGGUUCCUGAGGAAAAAGCUGGCUUUAUUAGUAUUCCUGUACUUUAUAGCCAAAGCAACUGCCUAACAUAGACAGCAAGCAGCUGUCUGAGAAUGUGUGUGCUACCUGGGUGUGUGUACUGCAACUCUCCAGCGAUGUUUCUACGGAAGCUUGGAGUGUUUAUUAGCCAUGUAGGAGACUUUUUAAUUUGUGUUGAAUCUUUAUGAAUGGAUUUGGUGAUAACAUGUCCCUAACCUCAGCUCAAACACACCAAAUUGUCCUUCGUUGUUAGCCUUCCUGCAACCUACAAGGCUGGACUCAGAUGUUUGGUAGUGUAUGAAGGCAGUAGGGCUUUUAGCCAGUUUCAGCCUUUUUUUUUUUUUUAAAUAAAGAUUAUUCUGAUUUUCGGUUUCCAUGCGCUCUUGAUAUCAGUUUUAAAAUGUAUGAGACUAGAUUGCAUUGUGCACUGUUCAACUUCAAGUGCCUCAUGUGCGCUGUCAAAGAUCGGUGAUCUGGAGCAGUUCGGUCAAACAUGUGAAUCGCAGUAAAUGAAGAGAGCGCGUGUGUGUGCGCGCGCGUCUCCCCGUCCGUCUUGUCUGCCUGCCUCCGUACAGCUCUUGCGAGUUCCUCCGACCCCUCUGCGCAAUAAAUGACUUUUUAUGUGACGUUUGUGCUUUCUGUC